AUGGAGCAAGAUAUUACGAUUCCAGAUAAAAAAAGCUUCAUUUCUGUUCAAAAGUUAAUUAAACUACCUUUGAGGAAUUUUUUGUCACCAGAGGCAUUCAUUUCGAUGAGUAAUUGUGACAAAAAUUUAUACUGCAUGAAAAUCGAAUAUGGUUUCGCGGUAAAAAUACCUCAAAAUAUGAAGUAUUUUUCGGUGUUGAUAGAAGAAGUCAUUCUCACUCUUCAAACUGUGUACAUGGCAAUUUUAGCCCAACUUGGAAGUUUACAACGAAGGGAAAAAAAGUUAAAUGGACUUUUUGAUAGAAAUAUUUUUCAUCAAGCAUUUCAUAAACAGAAGAUACUAUCUUGUAAGGAUGAUAAAUUAAAUUAA